AGAGAGUUCGACUCCGGAGCGGGGAAAGCCGCGCUUGGGCGUUCUGGAACCUUGAUGCGCCGGGACGUUCUAGAAUCUUGCCACUUUUCGGACGUUCUAGAACCCUGAUGCGCCGGGACGUUCUAGAACCCUGCCACUUUUCGGACGUUCUACCGUGGAACCAUCAUCCCCCGGGGGGUGCAGCCUCCUGUGACACUUGCCGCCGGCUCCGGGAGCUGCUCCUUGUGCCCGGUCCUGUCGAAUCCUCCUCUCUCGACCCUUCUUCGAAGAAGCUAGAAAGUCUCCCAACUUCGCAGGAGAGCUGCUUGUCCAGAUUAAAACGACAACACGACACCAUGAUCGUCUCAGACCCCGAGAAUAGCGACCCUUCCGGAGUCCAAGGCUACUUACCCUGCGAGAGCUGCGGGACUUUGAGGAGAAAAAAGGACAGAGGGAUAAAAAUCCCCCGGCAGCUGGGAAGAGGCCCGACUUCGUUCAUCCCGGUGGAGGAGAUCCUCCAAGAAGGAGUAGAGAGUGCCCAGCGGCGCCUCUUCGUCGAGGCCUUCAUUUCGACGGGCAGGGUGGACAACAUUACCAUGGUGAUGGGGCUGCAUCCAGAGUAUUUGACAAGCUUCUGGAAGACUCAGUAUCUGCUGCUGCGGAUGGACGGGCCGCUACCAUAUCACAAGCGCCACUACAUUGCGAUCAUGGCUGCUGCUAGACAUCAGUGUUCCUAUCUGGUUGGCUUCCACAUGGGGGAGUUCCUGCAGGUGGGCGGAGAUCCGGAGUGGCUGCGCGGCUUGCAGUACGCCCCGCAGAAGCUGAGGAACCUCAAUGAAAUUAACAAGAUCUUGGCCCACCGGCCCUGGCUCAUUACGAAGGAGCACAUUGAGGCGCUCCUGAAAACGGGGGAGAACAGCUGGUCCCUGGCGGAACUCAUCCAGGCCCUGGUGCUCCUCACGCAUUACCACUCGUUGGCCUCCUUCGUCUUCGGCUGUGGCGUCAAUCUGGAGAUCGACCAAGAAGGAGGACAUGCCUUCCGGCCACCUUCGCCACGCAGUUGCGACAGCAGCCCAGGAUCGGAGGACGGGGUGAACAGCUCCAGCGGCACGGAUGCUAUGGAGGAGGUGGAAGUGCUGAUGGAGAGGAUGAAGCUGCUGCAGGAGUGCCAGUUGGAAGAGGAAGGAGUCACCCAGGAGGAGAUGGAGACCCACUUUGAGAGGGAGAAAAGAGAAAGCCUGCUCGUUACGCCUUCGGUAGAUAUUGCUGAACACUCCCUGCCCCCCAACGUCCUGUGCUUUGUGGAGGAUCCAGAGUUUGGAUACAAGGAUUUCACUAGGAGAGGGGAGCAGACGCCCCCGACUUUCCGAGCUCAGGACUACACCUGGGAAGACCAUGGCUACUCACUCAUCAACCGCUUGUAUCCUGACGUGGGGCAAUUGCUCGAUGAGAAAUUCCAAGUGGUGUAUAACUUGACCUAUAACACCAUAGCUAUGCACAGCGGGGUGGACACAUCCAUGCUCCGGAGGGCCAUCUGGAAUUACGUUCACUGUGUCUUUGGCAUUCGGUACGACGACUAUGAUUACAGAGAGGUGAACCAGCUGUUGGAGCGCAGUUUGAAAAUCUACAUCAAAACCGUGGCCUGCUACCCAGAGAAAACCACCAAGCGAAUGUACACUCACUUCUGGAGACAUUUCAAGCAUUCUGAGAAGGUGCAUGUCAAUCUACUUCUCCUCGAGGCCCGCAUGCAGGCUGCCCUGCUCUAUGCGCUCCGUGCCAUCACCCGCUACAUGACCUGAUGGGACGGGGCUCCCUCUCAUCCUGGAAAGGGCGGACUCGCUGCUGGAGAGAGGGGAGCUUUUUCCCUAAAGACUUGUUCCUGGAACGCAUUGUGAAAAACAUUUGUUACCUCACCCCCUCCUGUGGCUUUUUGGAGACAGGUGUGUGUGUGUGUGUGUGCAUGUGUUGAAGGUGUUUUGAACACCUCUUGCCAUGAGACAAACCAAGAGGCAGAGUUGCGAAGGGGUGGAAACCAAGACUGUUCAGCCGCACAUCUGGUGGAAACCAACUUUGGGCAUGCCCGGCCUUCUUUCCUAAGACUCUGGAGCCAUCCUUGGCACGCUGUGUGUUCGUUGGCUAGGCCACUGCUGAGCCCUGGGGUCAAGGUUUGAUGCUUGGCUGUUGACCAGGGACCCUGCUGUCUGGAAGACUCCUUUUGCCCAAGCCGAGAUCUCUUGAUCGGCCCGAUGGGUGUCAAAAUCUGUCGCGACUUUUGGCUGUGGCUGCUGCAAGCUACCUCCCCUUCCUCCCACCCUGGUGAUUCAGUGCAAUGAAUUCGGGAUCUUGUGACUUUGCAAUGGCCAAACCAGCUGAGGCGAACACUCGAUCAACGAAAGCGGGAGAUCACUCAUCCAGGAUGUGGCGCUAUCCUUUCUCUGUGGCCUCUUCCUGCUGUCGGAUGUUGAAUGUAGGCCUUUGAAUGUUCGAGCAGAUCGCCCUGGUCUCUCUUUUUUAAGGACGUUUCAAGGCGACUGGCUAACAAGACUCGGGGAUGGCGACAUACGGGGGGGGGGCUAGAUGAACCUAAAACCGAGCCGUAUGCCACGGCGCGUGGCGACUACACUACAUUUUUUCUUUGCUUCGCACCUGAGAGAGCUGCACUCCAAACGCUCUCCUCGUUUCACGGAGAGACGCAGGAGUCUCCGGGCCACUGUAAAAACAGCAGCUGGCUUAGAGAAGUCACAGUGGGCAAAGAAUAGAGGGCUGGCAGAUUAUCUUUACAUUGUCAGCAUUGCCGCUGGAAAUGGGGAGAGAGUCUUCCCCAGGCAAGGGUGGGCAAACUCUCCCAACUGAGGAAACCGGUUUGGAGUACAUGGAUCUCUGUUUCUUAUCCAGAAUGUACGGGGGCUCCACUUGUCAAAAUGGAGAUAUGGAAGAGAAUGUCCUACGAUGCUCCUGUCCCUUUAAAAACAACAACUACCUCUCCUGAUGGAAAGGAGUGUGGGUUUGGUUGUCUUGCAGACCUCAGCGUCUGCUCUUGCUCAAAUGUUUAUGUUUGGGGCAUUGUGAAGCUAUUACUUUCUUGACAUCCAGACGUCACCACUCAAAAAGCCCAAAUUGUUAACUUUAGAAAUGGGAAUGGCUCCCUCUCUAAAUAGUUUAUCUACUUUUGGGGGGGAUUAGGCAGUAAUGCUGCCAUCCUAGGUGACCCAGAGUUGGAGAUUAAACAGAAAUUCUCAAAAGGCCGAUGCCUGGUCUCUUCAUGCGAUGGGAUGAGGCAAUAGAUUACAGGCGUGAGAAAUGUCGUGUUAAAAUGCCCUCUGCCUUAAAAAGAAAAACCAUUUCCCCUGCAAUUAGAAAACUAGCAUGAAGGAUGCAGGCUUGGUUUGAGCUUAUCUCCCUGAAGUGCUAGUUCUUUAUCUCCAAGGAAGUUUUACCUAAGGGGUACAUGGCAGGGGGGCAGCCCAUUCUAACUGCCUCAUACUCCUGCAUGUGUAGAGCAGCCAAAAUGGUCCCCUAAAAAGUAUGCACUUGGGGAGUGGUGAGGUUAUGAGCAACCAGCCUUGACGUUCCCUGCUGCAGUUUCAUUCCCAUCCCAAGUUAACGGGUCCUUCAACUUAGGAGAACCCACACUCUUCAUCUGCCUUAACUGGUUUCCCUGCUCAGUUCUGCUUGUCUUAGUAAGAAGAGAGUAGGACCCUAAACUGUGAAGAAAAGAGGUGGCUUAAAAAAACCCCGGCCACAAGCCUACUCCUGUUGGGUCUUUCAAGCUACUAAUCUUUCGCCGUUGCCACCACACACCCUUUCUACUUCAAGAAGGAACUAAGUGUCCCAUCAUUUCAACAAGUCAAAUACUUAAGGUUGCAAUCCUGCACAUGUUUAAACGGGGGGAAAGUCCUACAACUCCCAGCAUUCCCCAGCUAGCUGGGAGUUGUAGGACUUUUUUCCUGUCUAAACUUGCAUUGGAUUGUGUUCAAAGGCAGGGGAAGGGAACCUCCCAUUGGCCACGCUGGCUGGGGCUGAUGGGGUUUGGAGUCCAGCAACUUUCCCCUUUCAGUUUUGCAAUCUUGAAAUUUACCUCUUGGGUUGUUCACAUGUGACAGUUCAUGCCGAACUCACAAGAGAAUGUCCGCAACGCUUUUGUUGGCUUGUUCUGUAUGUGGUACUGGCUCCUAUAUAUAUAUAUAUAUUAUAUGGAAUUAAAAGCCCACUCUCAGAGCAGUAGUAAGCACUCAACUCCUGGAAAACGAGCAAGAAAUUCCCCCCGUUCCCCUUGCCGUUGCUACUCAACGAGAAUAAGCCGAGAAUAGUACCUACGAAGAUGGGUUCCCCAGGAAAAUGUGAACCCUUUCAGGCAUUUCUGAAAUAUUGGAAAGACUCCUUUUGAAGCAAACAACUCAAGUUACAAGUUGCUAAAUUUAACCAUUGCAGGCAUGGGCAGAGGUUGCUGAGGCUAAGCAGUUUGGAGAUGGGGGGGGGGGCAUUGACUCUGAAACUCAAUGCUGUCCUCCUUAGCUUUCCCUCAGUGCAGAGUUUGGUCAGGUCAGAGGUGAGCUCCAUUACCUCUUAAGUUGGCCAGGAUCCCACACUCCGUGAUCCCUAGACAUGACGUGUUAGCUGUCCAAGGUCUGGCAGUGUAUGCUGUUCAGUGCCCCAGGAAAAGGUUACGAAGCCAUGCACGCCCAGGGAAAAGCUAGAGCAGUCUUUUCAAAUCACGUGGGCCGAAGAAACCGUACCCGGGAUUAAUUUGCAGGAGCCUUUCUCACGAAACACAAAAUUCAUCUUGUCUAUGAAACAACACCCAAAAGCCUGUUUGCGGCAGCCUUCGGUACAGAGCCUUGCUUUCCUUUUCUUUUAUUAGGAAUGCUGGUUGGGGGGUGUAGAGUUAAUCAUUAUUUUUUGGUGCUUGUCUGUUUUGUGUGUGUGUGUGUGUGUGUUUCCUGGUUAAACUCUCGAUCGCCGGAACCAUCACUUGCCUGAUUUCUGUAAAUGCCUUGAGAUAAUUGAGCAAAAGAGAUAAUUUUUGUCGAACUGAAACUUCUUACUCUCCAGAUUGCCGCCGGGGGGGAGGGGAGGGGAGGGGGGGGAACCAAUCUAAAAGGCUGGGGUUGAUGCUUGGCCGCUUGGCUUACUCCGCUUCAAGGCGCUGUACAAUCGCCGUGUGUUUAACUUUUGGACACAUCCUGUGCUACAAAGCCAGACUCUCCUGUCUUUCUGAAGUGGGAGGCUCAGCUCUGCAAGGAUCUAAACGCCCAGGCUGCACACGGUGGGAUCUUACGAUUGAGCUGUCACUUUUUUUUUUUAACAGAGGGACUCAUUGGGAGCAGCUUUCCUAGAGUAGCCCAACGCUUCGCUUCUCGGCAGAAACAAAAUAGUUUCUCCCCUCUUCAAUAAAGCAUAAUUGCUUGUUCUCUUUGCCCGUGGCAGUAUUGCACAUCCAGGCGGCAAAUGCACUGUGAAAUUCAAAUGCUAGCUUGUGUCUCGUGACUAGAUGGAGCUGAGCUGGUCUCGGCUCUUCUUCAAGCUGCUUUUGAAACCUUUCUUCCCUUCCCUCCCCCACCCUGGCUUUCCAAGCUAAAAUAGUUUGCCCCCUUUUCCUUAGGUAGUUUAAAACCCACGCCCACACAACAUCCCUGGGCUGCUUUUGUCCACAACCAGGUGUUCUCUCUUGUUUUAUCCUGCGUCAAGCUUUGUCCACGUCCUCGUUUAGACCUGGAGAUGUACUGGGGCAGAAUAACGUGGAGUGAAGGACGAGAAGGAGAGCAAAACGUCCAUAGGUUGAGUGUGCCACUACAUUUCGCACUCGUGACGGUCUCUGUGAAAUGACCCUUGUUGGAUCUCUUUGCCAUCUGGUAUCCUCUCUCUCUCUCUCUCCCCUCCCCUCCCCUCCCCCCCCCCCCCCGUUUCUCUCUCUCCUUGCCUCCCCUGGAGUCGAACAGGAAUAUAGACCUGGCAGCCUCUGCCAUCUUACUGAACCUUCUCUCCAUAUAAGUUAUGUUGUCGUUUUUUUAAAUGUAUUUACUCUUGACUUGUACCAAUGUUGUGACUUUGCUACCAGUUCUUGUUGUUAUUAUUGGGGGGGGGGGCACGGAGGCGAGAAAUAAAGUUGCCUUUUUGUUUUCCAAA